UGCAAUUUCCCAUUGUCACCUAUAAAGUGAGCAGCUGAGCAGAGUUUCUUCCCGUUCAGAGUAUAAAUGAAAGCUGUAAUUCUCGCCGCUGGCUACGGAACCAGGCUCCAGAGGGAUGUGCUUUCCGACAGCAGCGGGAGGUUCGCUCACCUGGCCGGGACUGCCAAGCCGCUGCUGCCGGUGGGACGGUGUGCCCUGAUCUCUCACUGGGUCCAUGCUCUGACCGCCGCUGGCUGUGUGGACUGCAUUUAUGUUGUGACGAACGCUCUUUACCAUGCUGCAUUUGAAGAGUGGGCAUCACAUUUCACAAAUGUCAAGAUUGUCAGCGAUCAGACGAGAAGCAAUGACGGGCGUCUUGGUGCGGUGGCCUGCCUGCAGCUUGCAGUAAAGCACUUCAACAUAGAAGACCAUGUCUUAGUAAUUGGAGGUGACACUCUCUUCAAAGAAGAUUUUAGCCUCAGUAAAGUAAAAGAGAGGUUCACUGACCUCCAGGCAAAGUGUGAGGACAGCUGUCUGGUGCUCUCGUACCAGUGCAAAGAGGAGGAAACUCAUAAAUACGGGAUAUUAGAAGUAGACCGUGAUCUUCACGUCCUCUGCAUGAAGGAGAAACCUCUUCCUGCUGAGACAAAGUCAAGGAGAGCAUGUCCCUGUUUCUAUGUGUUAUCAAAGAGAAGCCUUCCUCUGUUGGAUACCUUCCUGGAGGAAAAGAAGGAGUCUCCCAUUGAUGAGAAAGACGCCCCGGGAAACUUUGUGUCUUGGCUCAUUCUGAGGAAGCCCGUAUACAUCUAUGAGAUUUCUGGGCGUUUUGAUGUUGGAAACUUGCCUUCCUAUAUUGAAUGUGACCUUUACUUCAGAGAAAGACUUCAAGAUGCUGGGUCUUACAUGGUGUAGGAGACAGAAAUGGACAAACAGCAGAUUUAUUAUGCCAUGUUAAAAAUUAUCCAAGAUCACACAAUCUAAUUCAAGAACCUGUAACAUUAAAUCAAGAAUGUAAACUGUAAAUAGGCCUUUACAUGUUACCUGUAUGUCAUUUUCUAAUGAAUAUUUUCUUUUAAAAAUUAUUUGUAUAUUCUCGAUUACACCCAACCAUCCGUCUACUCGGUGAGGAGUCUUGUGCAUUUGUCGGAGGCCUUCUCACGGUUGUCCUCCAUCUUGGCGAUGCGGGAGCCAAACUGCAUGGCUCUCUUGGGCAGGACUGCAGAUUGUCCGAGGCCCAGCUGCUUCGCUGCCAGUCUCAGGAGGAGUUUCUCCCCGACACCUCGAGGAAGUGACAGGUCGGCCUUCUCCCACACGGGCAGAGAAUUCAAGUAGCUCACCACGUCCUCGUCCAAGUAGGGAAAUCUGCAGGAGUAAUAUUUGUCAGAUACUCUAUUCCAAACAAUGGCUGUGAAUGGGAUUUCUUCUCACUUACAGCGUAAACCUUUUACCCUCAGAUGAGAAAAACUGAACUUUUCCGCGCUGUCACAAACACUACUUUCUGUUCCAUUAAACUAAAGUCUCACAAUG